AUGUCUCGCCCAUUGGAAGGAAAGUUCGGCAUCGUCACCGGUGGCUCCCGGGGCAUCGGCGAAGCUAUUGCCAAAAAUCUCGCCAGCAAAGGCUGCUCUCUCCUCUUAAACUUUACCUCUGAGUCGUCGCGCUCCCGAACUGAAGAACUCUGCAAACAACUUUCAACCGCUCACUCUAUCCGCUGCGUCUCCGUACAAGCCGACCUCUCUAAACCUGAGGAGGCCGUCUCCAGAAUCCUAACUGCAGCAUCCGAGCAAUUCCCAAACACCACGAUCGACAUUCUCAUCAACAAUGCCGGCGUCUCUGCGGACCGAACAUUGAAUGAUACGGAGAAAGGUCCCAUUGACGCGGACUACUUCAACUGGCACUACAACAUCAACGUUCUUGCCCCGCUUUUACUUACCCAAGCCAUUGCGCCGCACCUCCCAAACAACCGCACUGGCCGCAUAGUGAACAUCUCCUCCGUCUCCUCGAGUCUUGGGUUCAUCGGGCAAAGCGCGUAUGGCGGCACAAAGGCCGCCCUGGAAGCAAUGACAAGGACAUGGGCGCGUGAACUCGCAGACCGUGCCACUGUUAAUGCCGUGAACCCCGGCCCUGUUAGCGGCGACAUGUACUUCAACACUGGCGAGGGGUUCUGGAAGCAGAUCCAGGGGUUUCAGGAUGGGACGCCGUUGAGUAAACUUGUUGAUGAUGUUGAUCGGGACCCUGUGCUCAAGGAGAUAGGGUUGAGUGAUGAGCAGAAACGUUUGGUUAGAGAGAAGAUGGGGGGGCGGAGGCCCGCGUUUACGGAGGAGGUUGCGGGGGUGGUGGGGAUGCUUUGUACAGCUGAUGGGGGGUGGUGUACUGGGAGCGUGGUUUGCGCGAAUGGGGGGAUGAAAUUCACUGUUUAG